GCAUCUUCACCAGAGUCACUACAGAAGUUCUGCACACAACUAUUUUGGACAGCUGUUGAACUACACGCGUGUACAAUCUAAACUCGAUGUGAACAUGCCGGGCAAGUUGUCUUACGAAGCCCAAAACUUUCUCUGAACUACAUUCAACUUUGAACGUUUUUUUUCCAAGACGUUUUGCAUCGGACCAUCCGCAGGUUUUCAACUCCAGGACCACUCCGGAUCCAUAGGACCGAACUUACAUCUGAACUGAGGGAAUCCCAUUGCGAUUCGAGUGAUCAGUAGUGACACCAAUCAUGGGCAGCAAAACUCUUCCAGCCCCGGUUCCCCUCCACCCCUCUCUGCAGCUGGCCAACUACUCCUUCCUCCAGGCCUCCAAUGGCUUCCAGCUGCCAACGGACCAGGUCCCUGGCAUCUAUAGCUUCAGCGCACUGCACGCCAUCCACCUCCACCAGUGGACCCUGGGCUACCCUCCCUUUGGUGUCCCCCGCUGCACUUUCUCCAAGCUCCCAGCCCUGAUGGACGGCCGCUUCCCCGGCUUGCCUUCCAUCCCUAUCUUCCCCCACCUGGUCCAGCACAAGGACCAGGCCACUGCGGCCGCCACAGCAGCUACCGCCAUGAAUCUCCUUCAGGGCUCCAAGAACAAGCCCCAGCCACGCUUCGACUUCGCCAACCUGGCCACCGCCGCCACCCAGGAGGACCCGCUGAAGGCAGAGGACCUGAGCAUAACAGGAGCAGCCGCCGCCACUUCUCCUCGCCAUGGCGGGCUAGGCUGUCUCAUAGAUGUAGCCAAGCUGUCGUCGCCCGAGCGCAAGCCUAGCCGUGGUCGCCUUCCCUCCAAGACCAAGAAGGAGUUUGUGUGCAAGUUCUGCGGCCGCCACUUCACCAAGUCCUACAACCUGCUUAUCCACGAGCGGACGCACACGGACGAGAGGCCGUACACCUGUGACAUCUGUCACAAGGCUUUCCGGAGGCAGGACCACCUCCGAGACCACAGGUACAUCCAUUCCAAAGAGAAGCCUUUCAAGUGCCAGGAGUGUGGAAAGGGAUUUUGUCAGUCCAGAACUCUAGCUGUCCACAAAACGCUGCACAUGCAGGUGAAGGAACUAAAGCCAUCCAAGAUUAAGUGAUGUCAAUACAUAAAAAAGAGACUAGGGGACACUGGAAACAAUAAGAGUGAAGACUAAAAAGGAGAACAAGACAAAAUGACCAAAGACAGGGGACAUUGUGGAGCUGACCAAAGACGGAGGGACAUUGUGGAGCUGACCAAAGACGGAGGGACAUUGUGGAGCUGACCAAAGACAGGGGGACUUUGUGGAGCUGACCAAAGACGGGGGGACAUUGUGGAGCUGACCAAAGACAGGGGGACAUUGUGGAGCUGACCAAAGACAGGGGACAUUGUGGAGUUGACCAAAGACUGGGGACAUUGUGGAGCUGACCAAAGACAGGGGACAUUGUGGAGCUGAUCAAAGACGGGGGACUUUGUGGAGCUGACCAAAGACAGGGGGACAUUGUGGAGCUGACCAAAGACAGGGGACAUUGUGGAGCUGACCAAAGACAGGGGACAUUGUGGAGCCGACCAAAUACAGGGGACAUUGUGGAGCUGACCAAAGAUAGGGGACUUUGUGGAGCUGACCAAAGACAGGGGACUUUGUGGAGCUCAAGUGCCUGGAACAUAGAAUGAGUAGAACAUCUCUGAACUUGAACCAAAGUGAUAGAAAAAGUUAAAUGUUCACCAACAAUUCACCAGCCAAGGAAGGAAGCCAUUGUGCUCAUCGUGGGGAACGAUUCUUCAGAGAGAUUUGAAAAUCCUGGAUCUCUAUGAUGUAUCCAGACAAUAUCCAGGAGCACCUUGUACCAGAUCUAAGUUGUUUUCCAACAUUUAGUUAAGAGAUAAUUAGGCUUAAUGACUUUGAGGCAGUGUAUUGGUUGGGCAUGAUGAAGCCCAAUGGGGCGAAUGGAUCAUACAUCAUAGAUGUAUGGAAUGUGAUCUUGACCUCUCUGACAAAGUUGACCUCUCAGACAUUCCGAAAGACUCUUGCUUUUGAUCAAAAUUACAUUUUUUUGUAAGGGACAUUUACAAGUCUAAAGCAGUCUUUGUAAAAAAAAAAAAAAAAAAAAAAAAAAA